AUGAACAAAAUAUAUAACAACAACUUCAAUAUUCUACCUAUGACACGAUGCGAUUACGACGCUGUCUUCUACAGGGUGUUUUGUAUCACACUGUUGGCCAUAGCGUUUACUUUCACAGUGAUACUGACCAAUGUUUUCAUAGAUAUUGAUGGAUUACUUGCUAACAGACACGACACGCAUAUUAAUGACGAUGUAGUACAUGAUGAAUUUACUCCAGAAGGUAACGAUAUUAAUGAAGAAAACAAUUACGGCGAAAAUGAUGAUUCAUAUAGAACCAAGCGAUCCAUUGCAGAAACCCAAAGUUUCUUAUUCCAUAUAAAGAAUCCAAAAGUCAAAAACAUACUAGCCAAUAAGCUAUCAGCUCUGCUAGAAGAAUUGGAUACAGGUGAAGCUGCGGAUGAUAAAAUUAAAGAGAAGAAACCUAAAGAAGUCCAAAGAACAUCUGAAUCUCCACCGUAUACACCAAAAUUAAUUGAAGAUGAUAAAAAGAAGAAAGAUGAUGAGCUACUUCAUUUGACGAUGCACAACAUUCUUCUGCAAGGAAUCAUAGGUCAUAUGGAUUUGAAUGAGGUUUAUAAACGUGUCUAUUCGUUAAUGUCCAAUUUCAAUGAUUUGCAAAAUAAGAGAGAUGGACUGAAACAGAAACCAGAUGAAAAAUCAAAUGUUGAUACGGAAUCGAGGAUACUACCUAAACCUAUUGAAGCGAAGUUGUUUGACGAAAUGAUGAAUUGUAAAGAACUGCAGGAACAAAUUGUUGAAAGCGCUACAGUGAAGGAAGAAAUCAAAAAGCCAGUAAAAGCCAAACCUAACGUGAUGAUUAAGACUAUAAUAGAUAUAUCGUCGUUAACAAAUGAGAAGGCAAAGGAAAAUGACACUAAGUCGACAAACGAGCAUACGGAUUUCCUGAUGAGAUUACAACAGCCCUUGAACUCAGAUAAUAGCGGAGAGAAUCUAAAUACAAAUUAUUUUGAUGAAAUUGGUAAGAUGAACUUUUUCAUCAAAGACAUUGAUGGGUCUGGUUUCUCAGUUGGCUUCAAUCAAUAUGUUGAUGAACCACCAGAUCCAGAUACCAUGAAAUUGUUCACAGGCUUAGAAAAUGUUAUACAGACAUAUCAUCAGACUUAUGAUCCUUUACCUGAAGCCUCACAAGAUAGUUUCACAAGAGAAGCUAAAGUUAAACCAGAAAAUCCACCGAACACCUCAAACGAUGAUAGCAUUGGAACUCCUAAGCCGUAUUUACUUAAACUGCCAUUAAAAAUGGAAAAUAGUCAUGAAAAUGAACCAAAGGAAGAAGUCAGAACAACAACUGGAAUGCUGAGAACUGUUAUGCCUACAACAAUAACGACUGUCUUACCCACAACUACAACAACGACAACGACCACACCUAACCCAAUCAUACAACAACAAACGUUUUCGGAGAACAUCAAAAAGCACAUAAUAAGCACUAUCGAAAGAAAUGGCAACUUAACAGAUCAAAUACUAAGAAAGAUUGACAAAAACACGGAAAUAUUGCAGAUAUUUUUGAAAAGACUAACAGAAAAAAUACAAGUGACGACUUCGAAACCAGUGACAAGAUUUAUAGGGUUUCAGAUAUAUAAGGAUUGGGAAGAGAUGGGGCAUGGGAAGGUAUUGGGUCUCAGGUCAGCAAACCAGCUGACGGAUUACCUGAUGUUAAUUAUAUCAAUACUGUGGCUGGGGUCCUUCUGUUGUUCAGGAUUUACACUAACAAAGGUGAAACCGUCAAAUUUAGUCUACAAAGUAAUAGAAGAUAAGGUUAGGAAUUCCCUAACGAUAUCCAGCCCAAGAUUGAAAAACUCAACUUUGAGAGAAAUUAUUUACUAUCAUAUUAUAGAGAGACCAUUUUGGAAGUCUGAAGAUAAAAGUGACGAGGUUGAACAAUCUGAUGAUGAGAAACCUGAUUCUGAUAUCGAAGCAAUUAAUCAAGAGGAUAAGUUGAAGAGGUCUACUAAUGAGGUUUCAGAAGACAGCGACGUAAUACCAGAAGACACAGCAAAAGAAGAAACAGAAGAUGAAGUCAAAGACGCGUCAGGUGAUGCUCUAGAAAAUACACCGAGAGCUGAACCAGAAAACGGACAAGAAGAUUUGCAAGGAGAUACAGAAAUAGACAAGCAAAAAGACACAGAGGAAGUGCCAGAAGUCGCACAUAUUGACGGAUUAGAAGAUAAAGUAAACGAAGUGUCAGAAAAUACAGCAAGAAAUCCAGUAGAAAAUGGACAAACUGAUCUACAAGAAGAUAUGCAAGGAGACAAUAUAAAGGACGAACAAAAAGAUACAGCAGAAGUACCAAGGGAUGCCCUAGAAGGUGGAAACCAAGAUGCAUUAGAAGACAUACAUAAUUCUGUAUCAGAAGAGUUACUAACAGAACAGAAGAGAAGGAAACGUGGUGUUGUAGAAGCAGAUGAGCUUUCAAAAGAUCUACGGCUGAAACGGGAGAUUCAAUAUGGUCAACGCAUCCUUCCACGCGUUCCGCCUGCAAAACUGACGAAUUACGUGAAGAAUAUACUAUCAUUAAACGCACAGAAGCCAUUUACCAUUAAACCACCUAAAGCUGAAAGUAAUAAUGCCUUGAAAAGUGAAAUAAGUUCUUUCAAAGACGCAGCGCAUCGCCUCCCUACUGAAGUCCCAAGAACUGUUCGUCCGAAAACCUACGGAAUGGUCCUACGAGGGAACGAUGCCAUUGUAUGGAACGAUCUCAAUGGUCGUAUAGCCUACCAUGUUGGACCUGGCAGCUUCGAAGAUAUUGGAGAGUUGAACAGCGAAAGUAAAGAAUCGGAUUCUAAAGAAUCCAAUGAAAAGAAUUCUUUUUCAUCAAGUCAAGAAUCUUUUGAGAAUGUUACUCACAGCCAAGUAGUUGUAAACGGCCUUGAAGAUAACAAAAAUUCAAUAGAAGAAAUUGAAGAAAAUUCCAAUGAAAUUGCUUCAAAUAGCUCAGAAGAAAGCUCUGGUGAAGAAGAUAGUGAUUCUGCUGAAUCGAAUGCAAGUUCCGACAAGUCUGAGGAUAGUGAGGUGAAAUCUAAAGAAGAGAAAGACAAAUCCGACAACAAAGUAGCUACGAAUGAUAUUGUUAAUAAAAUUGAUAAAAUAAUCGAUGAUGUCCAUGAUAUAAUUGUAAAAGGUAACACAAGUAUUGUCAUAGAUAAGGACAAAGUUCAUGUAUCAAGUGACAUUAAUAAAAAAGAAGAACAAAAACUGAAGCCUGGACUUGACAUCAAAAUCAAAGAUUCUGAUAAAUCUAACAUAAUAAAUGUGUUAGAAGGAUUAUUUACGAAAAUUGUCAAGAACAAAAUAGUUAUCAAUAAUAAUGUUCCUUUAUCUGAAGAAUCGGACAAAAUUGUCCCUGAGAAAGAAGUAGUUGGUACCGAAAAACAGAAAAAUCAAGUUGACGGUACAGUUGUAAAAAUUACGCCUGAAAAAGACGAAGAUUCUAAAGAAAAUGAAAAUCCAGAUAUUGAUACUGAAAAACCAUCUAAAAAAGAAAAUGAUGAAAAUAUAACAACAGAAAAAUCUUAUAAUACUGAAUCCGAAAACAAUACACAAAAGCCAGAAAGUCAAAAAGAGGAAGAUGAUGAUUUUGAAAAAGACUCUUCAAAAGAUAACGAAAGAAUACAUAAAACUAAAGAUACUAAAGAAAACGACGCUAUAGAUAAGGAAAACAACCAAGAAACUACUUCAGAGAACAAAGAUCAACAUUCUGAGAUUGACGAAAAACAAAAAGAACCAUUAGAAGAUGUUAAAAAGAUCACAGAAGAUGUCAAAGACGAAAAAGAAGAAUCACAAGACGUAACAGAAGCGCCUGAUAAUAAAUUGAAGGAGCCUGUUCAAGAAAAGGAAAAGGAUGAUAAGGAUGCCGAACUGGAUAAGGUGAUGGACUUGAUAAAUAAUGAAACAUUCUGGGAUUUUAUGGGAGACUUGGGCAAGAAAUAUAUCGCGUCUUUAUCAGAGCGCACCAAGAAAUUCAUCAAAGAAGAAGUAACAGAACAAAUAAAUAAAUAUUUCGAAGAACAUAAAUCUGAAUUGAAUCCAGAAAAAGAAGUACUACGCGAAAAUAAACCUGAAAUUAGCCCUCAAAAAGAUGAGAUUGAUGUAAAAAAUUCUGAUGAUUCUGAUAAAACAGUUGCAAAUCCUUCUAGCGUUGAAGAUAAUACAGAAAAACCUGUCGAACAAGAAAAUACUGAGGGUGAUACUAAAAAAACAAAAGUGGAUAAGAUUUCAGACGAGAAAAUCGAAGAAAAUAAACCUACAGAAGAUAAAUCAAGAAAAAUACCAUCAGUUAAUGUAAAAGCUAAUAACAUAUACGGUAAUUCUGUAGGUAACGAUAAAGUUACUAAUGUUUACAUUUUCUACGGAAGCAAAAACUUAGGAGAUGUCAUAAAAAAUGUUAAAGGUCUUGUAGAUGGUACUGAUAGUACUAAUGUAUUCGCUUUUGGACCUGAGAAAGAAAAACAUAUUAGUCAUAAAAAAGAUAAAUUGAACAAGGAUAGUCACAAUGAAGAAGGAGCUAAUAAAUCAAGUAAAGAACAAGAUAUAAAGGAUUUAGUUAAGGAAAAAGUAGAUAGUAAGGAAAUCAAAGAACAAACUGAAUUAAACGUAGUCAAGGAUUCAGAGGAAACUCCAAAUUUGAAGGUUGACUUAAUCGCUGAAAAGGAUACCGCUACAGAAGUUGAAGAAGAAAAAGAUAACGCUUCCGCAAAACAGAAAGAACCUGAAUCAUCAGACCAAUCUGAUAAAGAGUCAUCAUCCAAUAAGAAUGAUGACUUGGAUAAAGAAGUUAAAAAACCUUUAAAAGAAGACCCAGUGUUGUCUUCAGAGAAAAAGAAAUCUACUGAAACAGAAAUUACUGCGGAGGAAGACGAAUCUAGUGAUAAAAAAGAUGCAUCUUCCGAAAAAGAUGCUACUAAAAAAACAGAUAAAUCUACCGAAAACAAAGGUGAAUCUGCUAAGAAAAAAAAUGAUUCAGCCGCAAAAGAUAAAUCUGUCGAAAAUGACGCAGACUUGGAGAAAAAAGAUGAGUCCACUGAAAAGAAAGACAAACCUGCGGAGACAAAAGAUGACUCUGCAGAAAUAACUGAAUCUAAUAAGAAAAAUGAAAAAUCUGCUGGAAAAAAGAGUGAGUCAGCUGGGAAGAAAGAUAAAUCAGAGAAAAAAGAUAAAGCAGAAGAGACGAAAAAUGAAUCACCUGAGAAAUCAGAGGAAAAAGAUAUUUCUACCGAAAAAGAUGUAACUGGUGACAGCAAGGAUGUAUCUCUUGAGAAAAAUGAAUCUUCUGACAAGAAAGAAGAUGAGGUUUCUGAAAACGAAAAGUCUGUGGAAAAAGACGAACCUAUAGAAAAGAAGGAUAAAUCUGCCGAAGCAGAUGCAUCUGGUGAGAAGAAAGAUGAAAAAAAUGAGAAAAUAGAAGAUUCUACUGAGAAAAAAGAUGAGCCUGCAGGAACGGAUGAAGGUGCUAAGGAAAAAGGUGAGCUAUCGGAGAAAAAAGACGAAACAGCUGAGAAGGAAGAUAAAUCCCCUGAAAAAGAUGUAUCUAGUGAGAAGAAAGAUAAAACCACUGAGAAAAAAGAUGAUUCCACUGAGAAGAAAGAUGAGUCGGCUGGUAAAAAAGACGAAUCUAAUGAGAAAAAGGAUGAAAGUGCUGACAAAAAAGAUGAGUCCGAUGAAAAAGAAAAGUCUGUGGAGAAAGAAGAAUCUGAUAAAGUAGAUAACACCGAGGAUACGGAAAAGAAAACACCCGAAAAAUAUAAUGUCUCUUAA